UCAUGCGCGCGCGCAACCUCCGUGUCGCGAGCUAUUAUAUUCUCACACGACCACUCUCCAACAGUGCUACAGCGAGCAAAAGCGGGGAGUAUGAGCGGAUAGUGGACGCGUAUAGCGGGAAGUCCGUGCUCGUCACCGGCGGCACUGGUUUCGUGGGGAAGAUCCUUAUAGAGCGUCUGCUUUACAACUGCGUGGACAUUAAGAAUAUCUAUGUGCUCAUGCGACAGAAGAAGGAUGUCCCUCUCCACACCAGGCUGGAGGGGAUGUUCAGCUUGCCUAUAUUCACGAAACUCAAAGAAACUAGACCAGAAGACUUCAACAAGCUGAUACCCGUGUAUGGAGACUUGCUGGAAGAUCGUUUGGGAAUCAAAGCGACUGAUCAAAAACUUCUGGAGGAAAAUGUCAGCAUGGUGUUCCACACCGCAGCGUCUGUAAGCUUCAAGGCGCAGCUGAAGCAAGCGAUGGACACCAACUACAGCGGCACACAAAAGGUCAUAGAUCUAACGAAGAGAAUAAAGAAUCUGGAGUCGUUCGUGUACUUCUCGACAGCGUUUGUGAAAGCGACGUCCCCGGAGCUGGAGGAGGAGCCGGUACCUCCCAUCGUUAGCCAGGAGCAGCUGGAGAAGUCCAUGAGAACUGGCAACACCAGCGAGCUGCUUAGCGUCCUGGAUGCGCCCAUGUACAUUUUCUCCAAGAGCGUCGCUGAAAAUCUGGUAGUACAGGAGAGUAAGGAGCUUCCCACCACCAUCAUACGACCGUCGGCUGUGACGGCGUGUCUACGGGACCCGCUGCCCGGGUGGAUGGACACGUGGAUAGCGCACCCGUCGUUCUUCGUGGAGCACUCCCGGGGGCUGGUGAGCGCCGCCGUGGGGCACCGCGACGUGGUGGCCGACAUCAUCCCCGCCGACUACGUCGCCAACCUCGCCAUCGUCGCAGCCGCGAGGGGCAGGAGGUCGCGCACGCUGCAGGUGUACAACUGCUGCUCGGGCGACGUCAACCCGAUGACGUGGCAGCAGGGCGCGGACCUGUUCCGACAGCGGGCGGAGGUCGACGGCAGAUGGGAUCUUCCGCCUAAGCGUCUGAUGCUGAUGUCCUCCCCGCUGCUGGUGGCUGUCCUCACGUUAGUCCGGGAUACGCUGCCGGCGCUGCUGCGGGACCUGGCGCUCGUCAUCCGGGGGAAGACACCCAAGUACACCAAAAUGCACCUCCGCGCGCGCUUCAUCCGCCACAGCUGCAUACCCGUGAUGCGCCACUCCGUGAUCUUCAGGAGCUCGCGCACUCUGCGCCUGGCGCAGAGCCUCGACGACGCGGACCGGGCGCAGCUGCCCUUCGACCCCACCACCAUCACCUGGCCCCGAUACCUCGCCACCGUCUACGAUGGAAUAUACAAAUAUAUGCAUAAGAAAUAUGCCUUUUAUGUUCUAAAUGAUAUUGAUCAAUCUUUAAAUAUAGAAUGCCGAGUUAUUCCACUUCUCGAAGAUUGUAAGAAGAAUAUAGAUGACACAGCCAUUACUUUUUAUGAUGCAACAUGGGAGCAAGUCCGCAAGAGAGCUGAAGAUGGCAUGGCGACUCUAUCUAACUGGUUAAACUCAGAAAAAUGCUGCCUCCGCCCCUUCCUCGCUUAA